AUGAAGUUCUCAAACGUCUUUAACCUUGCGCUGGUGGGCUUUGCCUCUGCUGCUCCCACUCCUACCGUUGAUGAAGAUUCCACCGGUACUCUUGCAAAGCGCGCCUCCAUCACUGAGGGCUGCAACAUUGGCUAUGCCAGCACCAACGGUGGCACUACCGGUGGCCGUGGCGGCUCUACAACCACAGUCUCCACGCUUUCCCAGUUCACCAAGGCUGCUGAGGCGAGCGGAAAGCUCAACAUUGUUGUGAAGGGCACCAUCUCUGGAAAUGCCAAGGUCCGCGUUCAGUCCGACAAGACCAUUAUUGGUCAGAAGGGCUCCAAGAUCGUCGGUGCCGGUCUUUACAUCAAGGGCGUCAAGAAUGUUAUUGUUCGCAACUUGCAAAUCUCGAAGGUGAAGGAGUCCUACGGCGACGCCAUCGGCAUUGAGUCCUCGACCAAUGUCUGGGUUGACCACUGCGACCUGUCUUCCGACCUGAAGUCUGGAAAGGACUACUACGACGGUCUUCUCGACAUCACCAAGGGUGCUGACUACAUCACUGUCUCAAACACCUACCUCCACGACCAUUUCAAGACCUCCCUCGUCGGCCACGUCGACACCAACACCAGCGACAAGGGCAAGCUCCGUGUCACCUACGCCAACAACUACUGGAACAACGUCAACUCGCGCAACCCUUCCGUCCGCUUCGGCACCGUCCACGUCUACAACAACUUCUACAACAAGGUUGGCAGCACCGGUGUGAACACCCGCAUGGGCGCCCAGGUUCGCGUUGAGUCGUCCGUCUUUGAGAACUCGAGCAAGAAGGUCAUCCUCUCUGCCGACUCCAAGCAGGUUGGCUACGCCACCGUCUCCGACAUGUCCUACGGCGGCGGCGAGAACACUGCCCCCAAGGGUGACUUUGGAUCCAGCAAGAUUCCUUACAAGUACACCCUGUUCGGAAAGGCCAACGUCAAGAGCAAGGUUGUUGGUACUGCCGGCCAGACUCUCAGCAUCUAA